AAAUACUUUUUUGCCCCACUGUAUAUUCGGAAGUGACUUUAUGCAGCAGGUUAGGAGGGUUAGGGUUGGGUUAGGGUUAGCUAAGAUGCUCUCCGAACUUGCUACAAAAAGUAACUUCCGGUCAUAUCAAUACUUUAUUUAGUCCCAACCAAAUUUGAGGGCUGCUUUUGCUCCACACCCCCAUCAUCAGUACCAUGGGGCAGAUACAAUAUAUACUGUGGCUACAUCCUUCCCCCUUACAUUUUUACAAAAAACUAAUUUCGCUAUAAAGGGGUAUUAAAGUUUUUUUUUUAAAUUGUUUACCUUAUGUUGGGCAUCAUCUCCUAGCUACAAGGAAGUUUUGGAGGGUACUGUUGAAACACACAUUUGCUAUUAUCCAAUCUAUUACAUUAUCUAUAAUCUUGUUACAAAAUCUUACCAGGCUCUCCUCUGUCCUGUUUCUCAUCCUCUAUGUAAACACAGCGUCAGACUACGAUAAGAACUGAGGUUCUGAUGGCAGGCAAACAGUACCCAUCCAUCCAGAAGUUUGCCUCAUCCAUCACCAACCAGCUGCUGCUGGGCUCCCUGCUGGAACACCUGUGCUUUGUCUAUGAGAGGGACCCGACCCGCUCACAUAUGCUGUUCAAAGCCAUUGGUCAGCAUUUAGCAGCGAAGAACGUCCUCUCCCUAUUAGCCAUCAGUGAGGAGUUCAGCACAAUCAGACUUCAAUACAACAGAGGCUUCACUGAACUACUGCAUUCUGUCAGCACCUCCAUUUUUCCACAGGUUAAAAACAAGCUGGAUGGACAGAAGUAUGCUGUGAAGAAAAUUCUCAUCAACAAUGUUUCAAGGGAAGACUACAUGAAGGUUCUCAGAGGUGAAAGUGUUAUCCAGUCUUGA